CAAUGGGGAACGGAGCCAGCGUUGCCCCAGUUAUCGGAAUGGCGUCUGGUCGGAGGUUGGCGCCGCUGCCCCUGGUAACGGUCGGCUCCUGGCUUCUCCUCCUGUCGUAUGCUCAGUUCGGAGGUGGACAGAAGAAGAAAGAGAACCUUCUGGCAGAAAAGGUGGAACAGUUAAUGGAAUGGAGCUCCAGACGUUCAGUCAUUCGAAUGAAUGGUGACAAAUUCCGAAGGUUUGUGAAGGCUCCUCCUCGUAAUUACUCUGUAAUUGUGAUGUUCACUGCACUUCAGCCCCAAAGACAGUGUUCUGUCUGCAGACAGGCGAAUGAGGAGUACCAAGUGCUGGCAAACUCAUGGCGGUAUUCAUCUGGAUUUUCUAAUAAGUUGUUCUUCACUGUGGUGGACUAUGAUGAAGGAGCAGAUGUAUUUCAGCAGCUAAACAUGAAUUCUGCCCCGACAUUCAUGCAUUUUCCACCAAAGGGCAAGCCUAAGAGAGCUGACACCUUUGACCUGCAGCGAAUUGGAUUUGCCGCUGAACAGCUUGCAAAGUGGAUAGCUGACAGAACUGAUGUGCAUAUUCGUGUAUUCAGGCCUCCUAACUACUCAGGAACCAUUGCCUUAGCUCUUCUAGUUUCGCUCGUGGGUGGAUUAUUAUAUCUACGGAGAAAUAACUUGGAAUUCAUCUAUAACAAGACAGGAUGGGCCAUGGCUGCUUUGUGUGUGGUAUUUGCCAUGACUUCUGGACAAAUGUGGAAUCACAUUAGAGGCCCUCCAUAUGCCCAUAAGAACCCACAAAAUGGCCAAGUGAGUUAUAUCCAUGGGAGCAGCCAAGCUCAAUUUGUUGCGGAGUCCCACAUAAUACUUCUCCUCAAUGCUGCCAUUACCAUGGGAAUGGUUCUUUUAAAUGAAGCUGCAACAUCCAAAGGUGACGUAGGGAAAAGAAGAACUCUAUUUGCAGACCACAUUCUAUUGAGAAAAGUGCUGUCAUUGAUAAACCCACAGUUUGACACUUUGACCCACAGUUUUUGGACACUUCUUACCAAGUCGGUAUGUAUUGACACCUGUUGA